AUGUCAUCCAGCUUCCCUCAACUCCUCCGUCAAUCCACAUUCGCCGCUUUUGACCCCAGCAUAUCCCGAGUCUACACCUCUACACCCUCCUCAGUGCACAAAUAUGGAGACUGGGGUCUGAAGAAGCCGAUAUUUAGGAAGAAAGGUCCUGGGUAUAUCCGUGUCCACAAUUUGGAUGCCGGUCAAUUACUGGGAUCUGACUGGAGGUCUGCCGAGCAGGAAGCGCGAUUCAUCAAAGCCUAUGGAGAUGGUCGGACUCUGUGGACAGAUCGCGACGAUCACUUUGCCAAUGCUCCUAUUGAAUCCUCAUUAUGGGCCGAAAGCGGUCUCGCAGAGCCUGCAUCGAACAAAAAGGCAGACCUCGUUUCAGAUGUGAACAACAUGACUGAAGCUGAGUUUGCAAAGUAUCUGAAGAAAGUCAAGGCAUACCGUAAUCAGUACCUCGACAUGAAGUUAGGCGACUUACGAGAGGAGACGGUGAGCAAACUGGAAUUACCGGAGCAAAGGACCAUGGUCAAUCUGGGAACUCGCGGAUACCUCAGCAACGCCGAUAUCACCAAUUUCCAGGUCGGUCUGACAGCGAAUCAGCUGGCCAAAAAGCAAACCAAAAACAUCGUCUCCCAACCUCACAAUGUCUACGGGAUGGCAUAUUCCAAAAUGCCAAGUUCUUCCGCCACUGUCAACCCUUUACUCUAUCACAAGGGUCGAGCUCUCGAUCACCCAGCGGAUGAUCGAUAUGGUGCCCGGUCAGGAAGGUCAGCAUUGAACAAGAACUGGAUUGUGGCGAUGGGUGGUGUGGCCGCUACAAGUAAUGCGAAUCGAGGAAGAAUAGCGAAUCCUAGGUCGGAAAUCUUACGAGAGGGAACGGAUUGGGGUCGAGUCAACCGGGAUCAAGGAGUCGCCAUGUUCAAGAUCACCAAAGCUCAGAUAUCUGAACCUCCGACCGUCAUCAAUGUGGAACGCAAAGAUGCUAGAAACGUCAGAUUCACACCCGGGGGAACAAGGAAACCCGUCACGCCGCUCAACACUUUCAAGUUCGAUCUCCAAGUAUCUCCUGUCGGCGAUGAGAUCCCAGUGGAAGUAAUGGAGUAUGGCUCGAAGAAGUGGGUCGCGGGCAAAGAGGAUAGCUCGCUUGAGUCGGAUGGCGAUGAUUUGAUGCUGGACUCUUGGAAAGAUGAUAUCCUCGGAGACAGGACAGCUAGGUCCGGUCAGAGUAGCUUUGAGCGCUUUGCCGCCAAGAGGGGAGACGAGGCCAGGAGCGAUCUGUCAGAUUUGAUCCAACGGGCGCUCCAGAAGAUGAAGGACAGAAAGGCCAACGAGGGAGUUCGUCGCCCAUAG